AUGGGAGCGUCCACAUAUACCGCCAAGGUCAAGCGUGUCUGCUGCAUUGGUGCAGGCUACGUGGGAGGCCCCAGCGGAGCCGUAAUUGCCAACAAAAAUCCCACCGUACAAAUCACCAUCGUCGACCUGAAUAGCGAGCGAAUCCAAGCAUGGAACUCGGACACUUUACCCGUGUACGAACCCGGCCUGGCUAGACUUGUCAAGACAGCACGAGAUGGUAUCCCAGGUGUUCGCAAGCCCAACUUAUUCUUCUCCACCCAGGUUGAUAAAGCCAUCGCGGAAGCCGACCUGGUAUUCAUAGGAGUAAACACGCCCACCAAAACACGGGGUUUAGGAGCCGGUCGAGCCUCGGAUCUGGGAUGGCUCGAAUCGGCGACUCGACGCAUUGCCAAAGCGGCAGAGCGCGACCUGAUUGUCGUUGAGAAGAGCACGGUUCCUUGCAGGACUGCUGCAAGUAUUCGAGAGAUAUUAAUUGCAAACGGCAAGCCAGGCGUGAACUUUGAGGUCUUGUCCAACCCGGAAUUUUUAGCUGAAGGAACGGCCAUCAAAAACCUGCUGAAUCCCGACCGACUCCUCAUCGGAUGCCUCCAGACGGACGCCGGAUGGGCGGCUGCUAGACAGCUGGCCGAACUCUAUGCGACAUGGGUUCCUCGCGAACGAAUUGUGACCAUGAAUCUAUGGUCUUCGGAACUGGCCAAAUUAGCUGCAAAUGCCAUGCUGGCACAGCGGAUCAGCAGCAUCAACGCCAUCAGCGCCAUUUGCGAGGCUACCGGAGCCAAUGUCAACGAGGUCUCUUAUGCCUGCGGCCUCGACAGCCGCAUCGGACCCAAAAUGCUACAAGCAUCGGUCGGCUUCGGCGGUUCGUGUUUCAAGAAGGACGUCCUUAAUCUCGUGUACAUUGCUGAGAGCCUGAACCUUCCUGAAGUGGCGGCUUACUGGGAAUCGGUCGUCCAAGUCAACGAAUAUCAGAGAAGCCGCUUCACCAAGCGCAUUGUCACCUGCCUGCACAAUACGCUCAACGGCAAGAAGAUCGCCGUGCUCGGCUUCGCCUAUAAGAAAGACACGGGCGACACACGAGAAAGCACAGCUAUCACGGUUGUCAACAAUCUUCUGGCCGAGAACGCCCAGAUCAGCAUUUACGACCCCAAGGUCACCGAGUCCCAGAUCAUGCGCGACCUAGGUGAGAACAACGACCUGGAAGCUCUGAAAUCAUCUGUCAAGGUUCACACCAACCCAUACGACGCCUGCGACGAUGCACACGCCGUAGUCAUCCUGACGGAAUGGGACAUGUUCAGCAACAAGACCCCGGCCGUCGUGUCGCUCGAGACCCCCAAGAACAGCGGCCUCGGGCUCCAGCUACAGCUCCCCCCGACCCCUCUCAGUUCCGUGGCCGACGAGGAAAGAAGUCGUUCCGCCAAUGACAGCAACAAUCACGACAAUGGCUCGCAAUGUUCUCGUUCCUCGUCGUCUUCUCCUGCCGACUCAUCACCGGGUUACUUCGCCCAUGCUGCCAGUCCCUCGGCGGGCAAAGCCGACGGCUGCAGCCUUGUGGUUUUGUCCCCCAACGAGGCCAAACAACCCACAAGCCCAUUCCUGUGGACUCGCCCAUCUUCACCACUCAUCGUGGACGACGAGUUACCCAGCCGCUUGGACUGGUCUCGGAUCGCAGCCGCCAUGCAACGACCCUCAUACGUGUUUGACGGCCGGAAUAUCAUCGAUGCGUCCAAUUUGGAAAAGCUCGGUCUAAGGGUUGAGGCUGUUGGGGUGGCCAGCUCCUGGAAAGUCGAAGCCGCGUCUGUCUGA